AUGCCAAAUUUAUCUAUCUUGUUCCCCGGAUGGAAGUGUCAGAUCCACAAGGAGUAUGAACGGGCGAGAGACGAGAGUCUUAAUCCGUGGCUUCAACACUGGAUUGAGGAUGAAGCUACUUACCAGAAGCUUCAGGCCGCUGAAUUUGGAAUCUUCGCGGCCAUUCUAUGUGCUGAAUUCACGUUUGAGAAACUCUGCACCGUCGCGAAAUAUUUCACCUGGUUCUUUAUCUGGGAUGAUAUAUUCGAUUGUGGCUAUUUCGAACACGAUGAAAUCGGCCUAGCGGCAUAUCGGGAGACUUCUGCGGCCUAUUUCAAAUCUGUUUUGCGCGGCCAAGGAGAAUAUCCAGAUCUCUCAGGUUGGAACAACGAACUGCGCAAUGCUCUGCAGUGCUGGGAUGAAGUAGGGGUCCAUAUACGUCGGACUUGUGCGGAAGGGACCUGCGAAGUCAUACUAAACCGUUUGCUCUCGUACGUUGAAAGUGUAAACCGGGUGGACACGAUAUACGACGAUGGAAGGAUCCCUUCUAUAGAAGCGUAUUGGGAGCGCAGAGAACUGACCGCGGGAGUUUACCCAGUCGUGGCGAUAAUCCCGUAUGAUACUGUCUUGAGUCCUUAG